AUGGCCGCGGACAUGGGCUGCGAAUUGCCGGACCGCAUAGCUGAGACCUUCACCGAUCAGACGGUGUUCAUCACUGGCGGCACAGGUUUCAUGGGGAAGGUGCUAGUGGAGAAACUCCUGAGAAAGUGUCCCAACAUCCGCGAAAUCGUACUUCUCAUCAGAAACAAGAAAGGAAAGAGUCCGCAGGAGAGACUGGAGCAAGUAUUCAGCGAUGCGUUGUUCUCGAAGGUCGUCGCGCUGCGAGGUGGUAUGAACAAGAUCUUGGCGAAAGUGCGGAUCGUGGGUGGCGACGCCAGCGAGCCCGACCUUGCCAUGUCUGCUGAUGACCGCGAGUACGUCGUGGGCAACGUGAACAUAUUUGUCCACGCAGCGGCUACUGUCAGAUUCGACGAAACAUUGAAGAAGGCGAUUCUGCUCAACGUUCGCGGUACAAAACUCAUUCUAGAUUUGGCUAAGGAAUGCAGGAAUUUAAAGCUGUUCGUGCACAUAUCGACGGCGUAUUGCCACCUCCACGAGAAACUGCUGGAGGAGAGACCUUACGACCCUCCAGCCAACCCCCACAAGAUCGUCGCCGCCGCGGAACUCUUGGACGAAGCCGCCAUCGAGAGGAUCGCCCCUAAACUGCUCAAUAGUUCGCCGAAUCCAUACACGUUCACAAAAGCCCUCGCAGAACAUUUAGCCGUCGAAGCUAUGACGCGGAUCCCCGUUUUGAUCCUCAGACCAUCAAUAGUCAUUCCAAUUUGGCGGGAACCUCUGCCUGGAUGGACGGAUAACAUAAACGGACCCACGGGAUUGCUGAUUGGUGCCGGCAAAGGCGUUAUACGCACUAUGUACUGCCGUAGUGACAGUUAUGCUGAUUAUUUGCCAGUUGACGUCUUCAUAAACGCAAUCAUGGUCGUCGUUUGGAACUACCUCAAUCACGGCGAUAAGGUGACGACGAUCUACAACCUGACGACCUCGGCGGAGGUGAAGAUCACAUGGAAUGAGCUGAUAGAGACUGGCAAGGACAUCGUACUCAACAGGUUGCCACUAAAUGGAGCCGUGUGGGUACCUGGUGGCUCGAUUAAAAAUUCCCGCCUAACGCACAACAUUUGCGCGGUACUGUUCCAUUGGAUUCCCGCCAUUUUCGUCGACACGCUUCUCUUUAUAUUCGGAUUUGAAACCAGUUGGUACUUCAAGUCGGACAACGCGCAGCGGGUUCGAACCCUGCUCAACGCACGCGAAAGGCAGGACUACAAACUCGACGCAGACGGCAUCAAUAUUCCAAAUUAUUACGAGGACUGCGUAAGAGCCACACGCAGGUAUAUCUUAAAGGAACCUGACGACACCAUACCGGCCGCUAAGAGACACAUGAAAAUAAUGCAAACAGUCGACGUCAUAGUUCGGUACCUUUUCAUUGGCUUCAUCAUUUGGUUGCUCGCGAGAUGGGCUUCCAUCUUUAGUGCAAAACACGAUAAUUAUCAAAUUAAG